CCUUUCUUCUCAUUCCCUUCACCGUUUCUCAAAAAGUACGGCGUCAAAUCAACAAUUUUCACUUUUAUACAUCACUUUACAAGAUGGACUCAGCAGGUCAACCUGGUGCAGUAGGUGCUCCAAUGGAGAUAUUACAACAGCUCCAUAUGCAACGUUUUUGUCCAGAAAAUGUAGCUCAUAAUGCGAAGCAGCUGUAUUACAUUCGAUCCGUCGUUACCUCUGUCGCAGGUUCGUUAGCAGGCGUUUUAGGUUUAAUCAAUUUUACUGGCUUUUAUCUUUACCUGGGCACCAUUCUAAUCACAAAUUUGGCUAUCUUGCUGUUCAACGUACAUUUUGAUCCUCAAAGAUAUCUGUUUUCAUUUAAUCCGGUCCCGAUCGAGAAGAAAGGACAAAAUAAAAGCGCAAAGCUUCAGUCAAACGGCACACGAUCAUUACUAUGGCCUUAUCUAUCGUUUCUGCUAGAAGGUGCUCAGGAGAUGGCUUUUGGAUAUGUUUUGUGGUGGACACUUUGGACAGCUUUGAUACAUGUGUUUGAUUGACUUCAAGGCAAAACGUACUUUACAUCAAUGUAGACUAUUCAACAAGAUAUUGGAGAACAGAUUGCAUCAGAAUACAUGACGUACGAUGAAAUCCUUAAUCAUUCUUGUUCAAUUUUGCAGAUAAUUGAGCGAGUUCUUCCUCGCUUUUUGGAGUUUCCAAUUUGCUAGCCGUAGCUGGAUCAAUCACGACAGGACCCGGAGUGCCUGAAAGUGCAGCUUGGGUAGCAUUUACAGGUUGCAAAGGAGCAUUUGUGUUUGAAUGAUUAUCUUGAGGAUGUGGUUGGAUGGUAAACUUUUGUUCUUCGUCUUUGUUUUGUUGAGAAGACAUGGUCAG